AACUUUGUAGAUUUAUUCCUUGCGAUGUUUUCUUCAAACAGAUCAAUGCAGUGUUAUCGAGCUCAAGUAGAAAGCCUCCAGACGUAGUGAAAUGAAUUGUCACUUUCAGAUACCUCAGGACAAGUACUAUCAAGGGCACUGAGCUGGUCCCGAUUGAGCAAAGAUGAUGUCAUUCAUCUCUCCAGUGACAUCGCCGAACCCGCCGAACUUUGAGGUUUCUCUCAGAGACAUCAGCGUUGGUUCUCGUUCAUAUUUGCGUCGAAAUACAUGAACAAUUGAAAAAUGUAUGAGAUCUACGCUGCCGGUGCUGCGGCAGCCUUCACAGUAGAUUGUCUCGUCUACCCUCUAGAUACCAUCAAGACCAGAUACCAGAGCCAAGACUUUGUCAAAACGUAUGCCUCGACAUCAGGAAGCAAAGCACCCCUCUUCCGGGGCCUCUACCAGGGCAUCGGGAGUGUGGUGCUGGCCACAUUACCGGCCGCCGGAAUAUUCUUCGCCACGUAUGAGAGCAUGAAGAAAACCAUCUCCAGCACUUAUUUGCUCCCUCAACCGUUUGUGCACGCCUCGGCCUCGGCCAUCGCAGAGAUGGGCUCAUGCCUAGUCCUCGCACCAGCAGAAGUCAUCAAACAAAAUGCGCAAAUGUUACGGAAGCAAGACAACAGCAGCAGUAGUAGCGGCACCAGACGAUCAACUUCCCUCGAGGCCCUGCGACAAGUCACAAGUUCCGGGGCGCAGAGGCGUCUCUUCUCCGGCUACACAGCCCUCGUGGCGCGCAACCUCCCCUUUACCGCGAUUCAAUUCCCCAUCUUUGAGCACGUGCGAAACACAGUCUGGACCUCGCGGUCGCAAGGGAGGGCAGAGGGCGAAGAGCAAGGCCUCCUAGAGACGGCCGUGGUCACAGGAACCAGCGCAGGCGCAGCGGGUGCGUUUGCGGCCUUUAUCACUACGCCGAGCGACGUCGUCAAGACACGGAUGAUGCUGAGCGCGGGAGAAGCCGGCGACGGCAGCCACAGCACUUCGUCGAAGCCGAAGCGCGGCAGCUUGGAGGUGACGCGAGACGUGUAUCGACGACACGGCGUGCGCGGACUGUUCCGCGGUGGAGGGCUGCGUGCCGUGUGGACGGCCGUCGGCAGCGGUCUCUACCUGGGCACGUACGAAAUGUCAAAGGUCUGGCUCACUCGGGGCAAGGACGAAUCGGAAGUUGUCGGAGGGCUGUAA